AUGUUGCUGAAGCGGGUGUCGCAACAACCCCUCUUCUUACACCGGCUUGCCAAUGUCGCCGCUGCACAUAAAAAUCACGGUCUGGCUGUCUGGAAUUCGGAUGCCCAAGAGUCUGCAAUUCUUGGCCCCGGUUACGUCAUAUUCGAGAAUUUAGGGCCGGAGUUACCCAUGCCUAGGCAUCCUCCCCUCUCUUUGCUUUAG